ACUUCUUUUAUCAAGGCUGCAGCUUUCUCUGCCUGAAAUGAAUUGUAUCCGAUUCAUGUUAUGAAGGAUUUCGGUUUGAAAACCCCUAAAAGACCGAAUUCACCCGUUUGAUACAGACGAUUUUACGUUCUUUAUUUCGCUUACGCCAACCAGCUAACUUCGGGGGUGAGAUGCAGGUAGACAUGACCUCCUCAGACUGGCGCCUGUGCUUGAAGCUGGUGGACCAGCCCAAGUCCACCUUCCAUUUCCCAGAGAUGAUGCCGGGUGAUGUUCCCCCCGGGGGAUACAGAGUCGCCACCUUAAAACAGCUUGUAGCAGCUCAGCUCCCUGACUCGAUCCCUGAUCCUGAACUAAUAGAGCUGGUUCAUUGCGGACGGAGACUCAAGGAUGACCUGACACUGGAUGCCUGCGGCAUUCAACCAGGAUCCACUCUGCACAUCCUGAAGAAGACCUGGCCCGAGCCGGAGAGCAGUCCAGAGCCUGUAAACAGAGCAACAGCUGCCAGGGAGUUCAGGUUAUUUAAUGCUGCCCUCCAUUCUCUUAACUCUGCAUACAGAGACUCGGUUUAUAAAAUGCUGACAAAUAAGGAGUCUCUGGAUCAGAUCAUUGUUGCCACACCAGGCCUCAGAUCGGACCCAGUCGCCCUCGGUGUGCUUCAAGAUAAAGAUCUGUUUGUGCAGUUCACAGACCCAAACAUGCUGGAUGUAUUAAUCAGCUCUCAUCCGGCCCUCGUCAACGCCAUCAUCCUGGUCCUGCACUCGGUGGCCGGCAGCAUGCCCGCUCAGUCCAGCGCCAGCUCGUCACGCAACGUCUCCACCAGUUCUUACGGCGACAUGCCAGGGGGCUUUAUGUUUGAGGGAAUGUCUGACGACGAAGAUGAAUUCCAGUCUGGGAGCCCAGCAGGUCCCUCCAGCAGAGGUGGCGUCGCAGCAGGAAUGCGACCCGUAUCUCUGAGCCACAGCGGGGCGACGGGCCCCCGGCCGAUAACGCAGAGCGAGCUGGCGACCGCCCUGGCUCUCGCCAGCACCCCCGACAGCAGCGCCGUCACGCCAACGACGGCGAGCCAGGCGGACCCCUCCAGCGGCGUGGCCCCCAUGCCAGCAGGGACCCCAGUCAGUAACGAUCUCUUCAGCCAGGCGCUGCAGCAGGCUCUGCAAGCCACCAACAUGUCGGCUCUACAGGGCCGCUGGCAGUCCCAGAUGCAGCAGCUGAGGGACAUGGGGAUCCAGGACGAGGAGCUGAUGCUGAGGGCGCUGCAGGCCACGGACGGAGACAUCCAGGCUGCCCUGGAGCUCAUAUUCGCCGGAGGCCCAGGACUCUGAGCCCGGACCCCGGCAGACAAAAGGCUUUUGUGGAGGAGAGGGCAGAAAGAGAAGGCUGGUCACCCUGCUGCAGAGAAAUGAUAAGCAAAUUAUGACCCGCGGUAUUCAAAGCUCGUAUUGUUUACAUUUACUUGUAAAUAUAAAAAUGGAACAAUAUGAGCUGCGCUCCAAAGGUGGUGACAAGCUGUAGCUCCUUCUUGACAAUGUGAUAAAACUUGUAAUAAAUUUGAAGGAUGUCAACC